UACACUCAUGAUGAACCGUAAUCUCUGUUCACAGCAUGUUUAAGUUCUUAUACAAAAAGCAUACUAGGAUCAUGAUUCAUAUUUUGUGAUCAAUAAAAAAUUGUUUUUUUAUUGAUGUCAUCUCGUUUCAGUUGAACGCAUCAGGAAACUGUUUAACAUGUUAGAGGCUGUCAGUCAGUGUUUCCACAAGUAUUUGAGCUGGAAUGAAAGAUUUAUCAUUAAAAAUAUCAGUUUUCAUCAUUUAUCAGUCAGAGACACUUUAUUUAUCUCCAAGGGCCCAGAGAUGAUGCUGACCGUACAAACACACAUUUAUGAAGCAAAAACAUAUGAACUAAAUGCAGAGAAAGCUUUUAUACAGUUCUGAAAUUCAUUAAUAGUUUUAUAAUUUUAUGCAUGUUUGUUUCAAAAAUACCACAAAAUUACUUUAUAAAGGAUCUAAUUUAUAAAAAUAUCAAUAAUAUCAUAUUGAUCUAAAACUAAAUUUGCACUAUUUGAUGUGUUAUUAAAGCCGCUCAGUUCACAGGAAAUAAAAGUGUUUAAAUGAAGUCAUGUGUCAGAGUCAAGCUCCAGAGAGGCACAACGUGAUUAACAUCCACAAUCAGCUGAGUAGACGUAACAAAGUUCUUUGAUACUAGAAUAUUUAAAAUAUGGAGCAGGAGACACGGAGCAGAGCUUUCAUGUAGUCACGUUUCAUCCGUGAACGUUUACAUCCAAACAUCUCCAGCAGCACCCUGAGGUCAUCGCUCAGAACGAAGCUCUGAGAGUUAAAAGAGGGGCGUGCAGAAGAACCGCCCAGUGCAUCGUGGGACGUCCUCCAAUGCUGACCUUAAAGCAGCAGAACAAAGACGCGGUUCAUGCUUCCCUGUGGGGGCGAGAGGGAGGGGCAGCGUAUUACACUGUGUUACAGUGAAAGCUCUGUUUGUGACUGCAUGCCUCACUGUGUGGACGGUGUUUGUGCAGAGCGUCUCUGGACACAUUUUUCUGCAGUCUUUCCUCAUCAGUAAAGUCUUUUUAUAUAAAAUAUGAAAAAUACAUGUUGAAAAAAGCAGCGAGCUCCAGGACUGAAGAAUGAACCCAGUGAGAUCAUCACCCGUCUGAAGUCUGUCACUCCUCAUUUAUUAAAAUGCUCCAAACAAGCCUCACAAACUGCCAAAUGUCCAUCUUUUAUAUCCAGUCUAUGCUUUAGACUGCGCUGCUCAGUGUGGAUCCGUCGGGCGGCCACGCUCACAGCCGGGGUCCUGAGGGGACGGCGGCUGGGUCCUCCUCCUGGUGCUGAGACACGAAGCUCAGAGGAAGGAAGAGAAGAGCAGCUGUGAGCCAGCAGAAUCAGGGUUGAUCUUUGUGGUGAAACGAGUGACGCGGUUACGUGGUCAGCUCAGAGUCUGAGGAGUGCUGUGGGGUCGCCGUGGAAACAGGAAGUCACACCUGACCUGCUGGAGGCUGGAAGACGAGAAGUCCCGGACAUCCUCCCGUCCAUGCAUCUGUCUGUGACUGCCCGCUAGUCGGGAAAGAUCCCAAGCUGUGAUUGGCUGAAAGACUUGUCUCCAACGAUCCACCCCGCCUGCAUCCAUCCGGGCCAUCAGCGCAGAGUUCUGGGUGUUUUCCGUCCACGCUGGCGUAGCACUGGUUUCAGCUCAAUAACGAGCAGAGACCAUGCUUGGAUCUAAAAUGUUCACUUUGGCACUUUUUGCGCUGCUGGGCCCGGGACCGACGCAGAGCCGCGAGACUCACUCCCUCACUUACAUCUACACGGCGCUCUCCAAACCUAUCGGCCUCCCGGGCAUCCACCAGUUCACAGCCAUGGGUUUGCUGGACGACAGGAUGAUCGACUACUUUGACAGCGAGAAUCAGGCAAAGGUUCCCAAACAGCAGUGGAUGAGAGAGCGUUUACCUGCUGAUUACUGGGAUAAAGGCACACAGUCCGGCAAGAGCAAGCAGCAGUGGUUCAAGGUCAACAUCGGCAUCCUGAUGGAGCGAAUGAGACAGAAUGAAUCAACCACUCCUCAUGUUCUUCAGUGGAUGCACGGCUGUGAGGGUGAAACUCAGCCUGACGGCAUGCUGAAGUUUGUCCGAGGCAUGGACAUGUACAGCUACGACGGAGACGACUUCCUGUCCUUUGAUGGUAAAAAUGGAGUCUGGGUCGCUCCGACUCCACAGGCACUUCCCACCAAAAUGAAGUGGGACGCUGUCCAGGUGCUGAGAGAGUACACCAAGGGAUACCUGGAGAACGAGUGCAUCGAUUGGCUGAGCAAGUUUGUGAAUUAUGGGAAAGAAAAGCUCAAAUCUGUGCCUGAGGUGUACACGUUUGCAAAGACUUCCAGAGUGGAUACAAACGUGGUGCUGACCUGCCUCGCCACAGGCUUCCACCCAGCGGAGCUCACAGUGACCAUCAGAAGGAACGGGCGUGUCCUGACUGCAGAUGACGGCCUGAACAGCUCAGGACUUCUUCCAAAUCACGAUGAAACCUUCCAGAGGAGAGAGUACGUGGAGGUUUUAAAGUCUGACGUGUCUGUGUUCAGCUGUGAGGUCAGACACGAGGCGACCGAUGAGCAUGCUGUGAAGGACUGGGACGAUCGUCUCCCAGACUCUGAAGGAAGCUCAGUUCACAUCCUCGUUGUUGCUGUGGUCGUCUCGCUCGUGCUCGUCGGUGUCGCCGCGGUUCUCCUGGUUCUGUAUAAAAAAACCUCAACAAAUGGCAGGAGCAGCGCACCGACACCAGAGUCACAGGAGCUGAAUGAUGUUCGUCAGGAGUAACAAUGUUGGAGCUAACAGCCAGAGUCCUGUGACUCCUCUGAAUCCAACACAUGGGUUUAAAAAAGUGUUCCUGCCCCUUUAAGCUGAACCUCCAUCACAGGGACAUUUAAACGAGCCUGCUGUAAGAAAGUUUGAGACAUUUCCUCGGUAAAAAGGGGGAUCAAACCAAACUCUUACAGCAGGUUUGUGCAGCAGCAGGAAUAAAAUAUGUUCUAAAUCUGCUCGAUCUUCAUAUAAAUGUGACAAAAUGCUUUUAAAGACGAUGGAUCGUAACAUCAGAGCCUGAGGAACUGUUCACAGCUCAGAGUCGCAGCCUGAUCGCUCAUCAAGUUUCAGUGUCAAACCAGGUGGGAGGAAGUAUUUUAAAAAUGUUUAAAAUGUGUUACAAUCUUUUAUGUAAAAGCUGCUUCCAUGUGUUGUGUACAACCCUGUUGGGUUUAUGUUUUACUUCCAUGAUCCCAGAGAACACAAACAUGGACUCAGGAGCCAUUAGGAUCUGUGUCCCGGGAUUUCGGCCCACUGCUGUUUUUAUUAUAGUUAUGGCCUCUGGGUUCCAUCCUUAGAAGAGCAGAAGGAUGGCGUCUCCAUAAAACCUCUCUCUAGAUGACAUUAAAGCUUGGUUGGCUUUGAACUUUUUACAUUUGAAUGAAAAGAUAACAGAGAUGUUGGUGUUUGGACCCAGUGGUCCCUGUGAGGCCUCCUCUGUAGGUUUGGGACUCCUGGAAGUUUAUUUUAGACCUGUUGUUACUGACUUUGGUUUUAAGUUGGGCUAAAAUCAGAGCAGUGGUCCAGUUUUUAUCAUUUAAGGCGACUGGCAGCAGUGAAAUCUUUUCUUUCUUGGCAGCACUUGGAAACAGUGAUCCAUGCUUUUAUUUCUUCCCGUGUGGACGACUGUAACUCACCCAGUGUUUGGGUCAGUCAGUCGCUGCUCUCACGCCUGCAGCUGAGAGCUAACAGGAACUGGUAAGAGAGCACAUAACCCUGUGCUGGCCUCACUGGCUGCCUGUUCAUUUUAAAAUUCUCAUGUUUGUUUUUAAACGCCUUCACAGUCUCACCCCACCUUACCUCUCCGAGCGUCUUCAUCCUCACACACCCUGCUACCUCUCAGGUCAGCUGACCAGCUGCUCCUGGAAGUACCGAGAUCAGGAGGAAGCUCAGAGGGGGCGGGGCUUUUUCUGUUGUGGCUCCUAAAUAGGGGUGGGUUUUUAUAAUCGAUUUAUCGAUUAAAAUCGAUUCUGGCUUGGAUAACGUAAAAUCGAUUCAUUAAAAUCCUGAAUCGAUUUUUUAAUAUAAAUUUAUUUUGGCCGAAACGCCAGAAUCUCUGGUGAAUUCUCACAAAAUUUCAACAACCACCAAAUAUGGAGUACCAAACAGCUAAGACAGUAAAUGAGAGCAGGAACACGGAUUCUGCACAAAGACUUAAACACACAGCGCGACCCGCGGAUCAGAAUCAGUGAGAUGUCGCCUUUCUCACGGUCGGGGCUGAAAGCCGACAGCUCGCUGAUUCUGAUCUGUCGGCGGGUAGCGCUUUGUGUUCACGCCCUUUUUGCGCUGAUUCUAAAGCUGUUAGUUUGAUCUCUCUCCAAACAAUAUUGACCGAACCAGUGGCAAAAGAAGAUCCAAACUACGCUUCACAUAAACAUCGUCACGAAUUCACUCUGACUUUUACUGUUUUGCUUCCACCACACUUCAUGCACAGCUCGCUCUCUCUCUCUCUCUUGCUCUCUCUCUCAAGUCUACUGUUGUUUACAGCGCUGUCGGCCGCUGUUUUUUUCCCCUUUUACAUUCUUCAGAAAAGAAAACCUCAUUUCUGCUGUUCAAUACUGAACCAAUUUAAACUUUUUAAAAUUAUGCAAAAUGCAAAACGCUUAGCCGUGUCUCUAAUAAAACCGCUGUAACGUCAGAGGUAACGUUCAUAUGUUGAUUAAUGGUUUUCUUUCGUUUUUGAUGUACUGCAGAAUAUUUUUAUAAAAUCCCAGGCCAGGAAAACCACCUUCAUGUUUUUCUGUGUUUUAUCUUCAGCUACUUUGACACAAAGGCAUCUGCUGUGACGCUCACACCUUUGAUAAAGUCUUGUGUGUGUCAUCUUCCUUUUUAUUGAUACAAAAAUAUGUAAAUGUACUGAUCUGAAUUAUAAUAUUUCUGACUGUCAAAAUUUCCCAGAUUCAAAUUGAAUUGAAUCGAAUUAAAUCGAAUCGUGGAUCGAAUCGAUUCGGGACCUUGUGAAUCGGAAUUGAAUCGAUUCUAGAAAUCAGUGACGAUACCCAGCCCUACUUCUAAAUGAUGGAAUAACUUACCCCUGCACAUUAGAGAGGCCCCUUCACUGUCCACGUUUAAAACACAUUUUUAUUCUUUGAUUUUUGACCUCAGAGAGACUUCAUUAAUAACUAAUUUAAUUACACGAAAAACAAAUUUAUUAUUUAACUUUUUUCUUUUAUUUGGCUUUUAUUUAUAUCUGAUGUAAUUUUAUUACUCGGUGUGUACAACACUUUCCAUCAG